CACGAGAUUAUCACCGCACUUUUUUGGACUGUAGAAAAAGCUACCAAGCCAUAAUGAUUUUGUCCUCCUACUUGUCAUCCACCAUUCCACUCUGAGAGCAUGUGUGGCGUCUUAGGUCUGCUCUUGAAUGACUCCGGCCAUGACGCAGCGUCUGAAAUCUGCGAGGGGCUUUCUCUACUCCAGCACCGCGGUCAGGAUGCCUGUGGAAUCGUCACUUGCGGUCACAAGGGUCGCUUCUACCAAUGCAAAGCCAACGGAAUGGUUCGUGACGUCUUCGACGACGUCUCUAUCUCAAGACUCAAAGGCGAAAUGGGCAUCGGACAUGUCCGCUAUCCUACUGCCGGCAGUUCUAACCAUGCCGAAGCACAGCCCUUCUACGUUAAUUCACCGUACGGUAUCGUACUCGCACAUAAUGGAAACCUAAUCCAUAGUGAUUCCCUGCUUCACUUCAUGGACGCUGUAGCGCAUAGGCACAUCAACACCUCUUCCGAUUCCGAACUUCUCCUCAAUAUCUUCGCCAAUAACCUCCAGCAGACUGGAAAGUUUCGGAUCAACGAAGAUGAUAUUUUCACAGCUAUUGGAGAGCUUAUGAAGCAGAGCAAUGGUGCCUAUGCCUGCGUGGCCAUGCUGGCCGGUUUCGGAAUCAUUGCUUUUAGGGAUCCGAAUGGUAUACGCCCCAUUGGAAUGGCGUCUCGGAAAAACUCGUCUGAAAGGAGGGACUAUAUUAUUGCCAGCGAAAGUAUAGUCGCCGAUGCCGGAGGUUUCUCCGAUUGGGAAGAUGUAAAACCAGGCGAGGCCGUUAUUAUCACCCGCACAGGUGUCAGUAGAAAGCGCGUUGGGGAGCCAGCAAUAUUUGCUCCAGAUAUCUUUGAAUAUGUCUACUUCGCACGUCCGGACUCCGUCCUCGACGGUGUGAGCGUCUACCGCAGUCGGAUGGCGAUGGGAGAUGCCCUUGCGGAGGAAGUCCGCAAAGUGCUCGCGACAAAGGGGUUGACCGUAGACGUCGUCAUUCCGGUUCCGGACACGUCACGAGUUGCAGCCCUCAACUUGGCUCAGAGGCUUCAACUCCCCUACCGGGAAGGCUUCAUCAAAAACCGCUAUGUGGGGCGGACCUUUAUCAUGCCUGGUCAGCAGAUGAGGACAAAGAACGUCCGAAAAAAGCUGAAUGCAAUGGCGCUUGAGUUCUCCGGCAAGAAUGUGCUCCUAGUCGAUGAUUCAAUCGUCCGAGGUACAACAUCCAAAGAAAUCAUACAAAUGGCAAAGGAUGUCGGGGCCAGGAAAGUUAUCGUCGCGAGCUGCGCACCUCCCAUACGACGUAGCCACUCCAACGUUUACGGCAUAGAUAUGCCAUCCCGCACAGAGCUUGUGGCAUAUGGGCGGACUACGGAGGAGAUCGCAGAGGCUAUUGGCGCCGAUCUCGUCAUCUUUCAGACGCUUCCAGAUCUUAUCACGUCUGUCCGACAGUUGAACCCAUCCAUCGAGACAUUCGAUUGCUCCGUUUUCACGGGCGAAUAUGUCACUGGAGGCGUGGACGAAGCAUACCUGACUCACAUUGAAUCGUUGAGGGCCGAUCACGUCAAAAACAAACUGGUCGAAGGACGGCUUGAAGCCAAAGAAAGUAAGGAAGUUGCAUUUCGUGGAGGGGCACCUGUAAUUAGUUCGGGUGGACCCACCAACCGGGCUGAUGACAGUGUUGGUCUGCAUAACACAUGGCAUACUCUACACUCUCCUCCGAGAAUACAUUAUGGUGCGCCAGCUACAAGUGAAUAG